AUUAGAUUCUAGGUUACGGUUCACCAUCAGUCGGCAUUUUUCUUCAAAAGAGUCGUUUGGAUCGCUUGGUGUGGUUGUGUCUUUAAGGUGGGAUAAGUGGCCAGUUUCCAGAUUUCCUGUGGUGUUAGGUAUUUUAAUAUAAACGUGGUUUUUCCGAAACACAUCUUUCAUAAGUAAAACCAAUUGGGAGAAAAGUAUUUUCCGAUAGCCUAGAUAAAACCAGAUCGAAAAAUGGCUCCAAAUUACAAAGCGGACAACGUACAAGAAGCCACUGAAAACGGCACAGAUGAUUUCGCCAUCUUGAACGGAAGGAUCAUCGCCAGUCCACCUCCAGGGGAGGAAGUUUGCAUCACAGGUUUGUCUGGUGUCUUCCCGAAUUCAAGGAAUGUCCACGAGUUCAGGGACAACCUGAUGAACAAAAUCGACAUGGUGGACGGUGAUUUCAGAAGGUGGAGACCCUUCCAUCCGGAGAUUCCCCAAAGAACAGGAAAAGUUUACGACGUAGAAAAAUUCGACGCUGGAUUUUUCGGUAUCCAUCAUAAGCAGGCUCAGUCCAUGGACCCCAUGAUGAGAAUUUUCCUGGAAAAGGCCAUAGAAGCAAUAUAUGAUGCCGGACUGAACCCAUCUGAGUUGGAGGGUACGAACACAGGAGUCUUCAUUGGGUGCUGCUUUGCUGAGUCCGAGGCAUAUUGGUUUUACAAUGAACUGGAACCAAAUAAUUUUGCCAUCACAGGAUGCACGAGGUCGAUGAUAGCACGUAGAUUAGCUUAUUAUUUAAAACUGAAAGGUAUCAGUCAUGUAACAGAUACAGCUUGCAGCAGUUCUUCUUACGCUGUGGAAAAUGCAUACAGGGCUAUAAGAACUGGGCAGUGUGAUAUGGCCAUAGUGGGUGGCACAAACUUAACUUUGCACCCUUUCGUUUCUCUACAAUUUGCAAGAUUGGGCGUACUCAGUAAUGACGGUAGGUGCAAGACAUUCGAUGAGUCUGGAGACGGUUACGCAAGAUCUGAAGCCAUUGCUUGUAUAUUGCUGCAAAAAGCUAAGGAUUCAAGGAGAAUAUACGCUACGAUGCUACACGCGAAAACCAACUGUGAUGGUUACAAAGAACAAGGUAUCACAUAUCCUUCUGGGGAAACACAAACGAAACUCCUCACUGAGUUUUACAACGAGUGCAACGUCGAUCCAAGAUCUCUAAGUUUUCUUGAGGCUCAUGGUACAGGUACUAAAGUGGGAGAUCCAGAAGAAUGCUCAGCCAUCGAUGAAGUUUUCUGUAAAGGAAGGAGUGAACCCCUUCUAGUGGGAUCAGUGAAGUCAAAUUUAGGUCAUUCUGAACCAUCAUCUGGUCUCUGCUCAAUCGCAAAAUGUAUAAUUGGCAUGGAGGAAGGUUAUAUUCCACCCAACCUGCACUUCAAUACGCCCAAAAAGGGAGUACCUCCAUUGGAAGAAGGCCGUAUGAAAGUGGUUUCUGAAAGAACACCAUUUCAGGAUGAUAGAGGUCUCGUAGCCACCAGUAGUUUUGGAUUCGGGGGAGGAAACUGCCAUAUUCUACUCAAAUGGAACACAAAAGUCAAAGUUGAUGGUGGUCAACCUAAAGACAACCUUCCACGUCUUGUAUGUAUCAGUGGAAGAACAACAGAAUCAAUAACUUCACUUACUGAAGACGUCAACUCGAGGAAGCUUGACGCUGAACAUGUCCAACUCCUUCACGAGAUUUUCAAGAAGGACAUACCAACCCACCUUUACCGAGGUUAUACCAUAACUUCGAAAGAGGGUGAGAUAAAGACUUCUGUGAGGAAUUUUGAGGGAGUGAAACCAACUUUAUUGUUGGCCUUUGGAAGUUUCGAGGAUUCUUGGCAACCUUUAAUGCAAUCAUUGUUGGCUUUUCCAGUUUUUGCCGCUGCUAUUCAAAGGAUUCAAGAUGUCUUACGCAGUUCAGGUUCAGGUAUUAAUAUGACUGAGAUUAUUGAAAACCAAGCAAAAAAGGUGGAUCCAGUUGUGCAGAAUGUUUUGGGGAACGUUGCUCUUCAAAUAGGUAUCGUAGAGAUCAUUAAAGAUCUAGAUUUGGUCCCAGAUUUUUUGAUGGGAUAUGCUGUUGGGGAACUUGGAUGUGCUUACUACGAUGGUAGUUUGUCUCUUGAGCAGACUGUCCUAGCAUCUUUGGAAAUCGCUAAUCAUAUCAGGACUGUGAACGAACCUUCUUCAGUUUACAUAAUUAAUCUGCCAGAAGCACAGGUGAAGAAAUUGAUUCCACCAAGUAUUGAGCUGAUAUGGAAAAAUAGUGAGGGAAGUGUGACCAUAUCAGGACCACCCAAAAUCACUCAAAAAUUCGUCGAAUCUGUUAAAAACAUCGGUGUGGUAGUGGAACACAUAAGUUCUCUCGAAGUCACUUGGAUCACCAGAAGAAUCUCUAAAAUUGAAUCGACUCUUGUACAAAAUCUGAAGAAAAUCAUCCCACUGCCGAAGCAGAGAAGUGAUAAAUGGAUAUCGGUUUCAUCUGAAACCCUUGCUUCUCCAGAAUAUUUCGUUAAAGCUCUUAUGUCCCAAAUCAACUUCCUAGACUUGUCUGGUCACUUUGUGGAUAACCAAGUCGUCUUCGAGUUGGGUAUUGGUGGUUUUGCUGAACUGCUGAAGAAUUCUGUUUUACCCAGAGUUGAAGUUGUGAAAUUUGAAGAUGCUUCCAAGAAGGACGGUGUGGUAGCUUUGUUGGAUGUACUUGGAAGUUUGUACCAAUGUGGUUACAACCCACAGAUCCAAAACUUGUAUCCAAGAAUUCAGUAUCCAGUCAGUAGGGCAACACCAAUGAUAUCGCCAAAAAUCAAAUGGAACCAUCUUCAAGAUUGGUACGUGAUGUUCUACAAUGAAGAGGAUUCCCUAAAAGAGGGUGAAAGAAUUCUUAGUGUAUCCCUCACGAAAGAAGAAUGGAUGUACGUGGAAGGACAUGUCAUCGAUGGUCGCAACCUUUUCCCAGCCACAGGAUAUCUGCAUGCAGUUUGGGAAACUAUUUCUCUUACCCAGAAUACCAUGACGGAAGAGUGUGCCUUGGUAUUCGAAAAUUGUCGUUUUAACAGAGCAACCACCGUCGGCAAAGAUACAAUAAAUUUCACCAUUAUGAUCCAGAGGCACUCUGGUAACUUUGAGGUCGUUGAGGGUGGUACAGAUGUAGUAAGUGGAAAGGUGUAUCCUUUGGCUGAUGGUAACAGGGAGUAUUUGGAUCUACCCAUACCUCACGAGGAGGCUAGACCUGAUGUUCUUCCUUUGAAAAAUAAGGAUAUUUACAAAGAACUUCGUCUCAGGGGUUACAACUACAAGGGAAUGUUCAGGGGUAUUGAAGAGUGUAACCAUUCAGCUACCGUAGCUUGGUUGAAGUGGGAUGGAAACUGGGUCUCAUUUAUGGACAAUAUGCUUCAAAUUAAAAUCCUGCAGCUUGACACCAGGCUGUUGUAUGUACCAACUUGCAUAAAGAAGAUGACAAUAGACCCCAAGAAGCAUCUGAAAUAUGUUGAAUCGUUUGGUGAUAAUCCAGUUCUGCCAGUUUAUGUUUACAGGGAUGCAGACAUCAUAAGGUGUGGAGGUAUUGAAAUAAAAGGACUUAUGGCUAGUUCUAUACCAAGGAGGAAACAAUUGGGUGACCCUGUCCUGGAGAAAUAUGAAUUUGUUCCAAACGAAUUGAAGCUUCCCAUUGAAAAAUCCAUACGUGUUAACAUGCAGAUAGGUUUGGAAAAUCUUUAUGUCACCAAGAUCAAGGCAGUCGAGGUUAUAGAUGAAUCCACACAAGAAGGAAGCCAACCUUUGGGUCCUUUAGUUUUACAAGUUUUCAGCGACCAACCAGUUAUCCAAACAAAUAUGGUCAUUUUCAGUAAGGAAAAUCUCGAAGUAGACAAAGUUAAAGUGGAAAAUAAACAAUUGGACAACGAAACUGAUCUGCAUCUAAUCAUUGGUAGCAAAAUUCUUCAAAGAACAAUCUUUUUACAACAAGCUUUCGGAUCUUUGAAAGAAGAAGGUUUCAUUCUGUCCAGAGAAGAGCCAGAUUUUGAUAUCUCUUCGUUGAAAGAAGGAGAAAAAGCUGGCAUCGACAUUCUAUCUGUGCAUGAUAUCGGUACAGAAAAACUGGUGUACUUCAGAAAAGCAUUGAAACCUAAACAAUUCAAAACCAUCAACGUUUCUCUAGAAGACGAGGAAUUCACUUGGUUACCCACCCUACAAAACCUAUUGAAGAAUGAUAGUCAUGUCAUUAUUUACUCUCAAAACGAGGAAUACAGCGGUAUUCUUGGUCUUUUCAACUGCAUCAGGAGAGAACCUGGAGGUAUGAACGUCAGGUGUUUCAUCAUUUUCGAUAAAAAUGCUCCUCCAUUUGAUCCCAAACAUCCCUUCUACGCUGCCCAGAUGAGGAGAAACAUGUCGGUCAACAUCUACAAGAAUGGCCAAUGGGGCACAUACAGACACUUGCUGAUGGAUCAGUUGGAAGAAGUAGAAACUGAACAUAGCUUCGUUAAUCCAUUAACCAGAGGUGACUUGUCUAGUUUGAAAUGGAUAGAAGGAAGUCUCAACUCUAAAACCAUCCUUCCACCAGAGAAGAAACUCGUCCAGGUGUACUACGCUUCGUUGAACUUCAGAGAUGUAAUGACUGCCUCAGGUCGUAUAAAUUCCGAUGUCAUAACCAUGGAUAGGACCCAACAAGAGUGUGUUCAAGGAAUCGAAUUUGCUGGAAGAACUUCUUCUGGACGCAGAGUAAUGGGAAUGGUAACUCAUGGAGCUCUCUCAACGCUUGUUGCAGCUGACAGCUAUCUGCUUUGGGAUAUUCCAGAUUCCUGGACAAUGGAGCAGGCAGCUACUGUUCCUGCAGUCUAUGGAACUGUUUUGUAUGCCCUUGUUGUGCGUGGUAAAAUCAGGAGAGGAAACUCCAUUUUGAUUCAUGCUGGAACAGGAGGUGUUGGACAAGCUGCUAUUAAUAUAGCUCUAGCAUAUGGAUGUACAGUUUACACCACAGUUGGUACACAAGAAAAGAGGGACUUCAUCAAGAAAUUGUUCCCUCAACUCACAGACCAUCACAUUGGCUGCUCCAGAGACAUAUCUUUCGAGAAACUGAUCAAGAAAGAAACCAAGGGACGUGGUGUAGAUAUGGUCCUGAACUCUCUGGCCGAAGAGAAGCUUAUUGCCUCUGUUAGGUGUUUGGCCAAGGGUGGACAAUUCUUGGAAAUUGGUAAAUUCGAUUUGGCCAACAACAACAGCUUGGCACUGAUGCUUCUCGCCAAAGGAUGUUGUUUCCAUGGUAUUAUGUUGGAUCAACUGUUCGUUUCCAACCCUUCGCUGAAGAAGAUGAUUGGAGAAUUGAUGGGUGACGCAAUCAAGACUGGAGCUGUGAAACCAUUGACCACUAAUGUAUUCAAGAUGAGCGAAGUAGAAGAAGCUUUCCGAUUCAUGGCUAGUGGAAAGCAUAAAGGUAAAGUGAUGAUUCAGGUUAGGAAAGAGGAGCCUGUUAAAGAGACAAUACCACCAGCAGUAUUAACUAAGGCUCACCCAAGGUUUGAAUGCGAGGAGCAGAAAUCAUACAUCGUUACUGGAGGUCUGGGAGGAUUUGGAUUGGAAUUGGCAGACUGGUUAAUAAUACGAGGAGCAAGGAAAAUUGUUUUAACAUCAAGAAGUGGCAUCAAAACAGGGUACCAGUGUUAUAGAACCAAUCUCUGGAAAUCUUACGGUGCUGAGGUCAAAAUAUCCACAGCUGACAUCACCACCAGGGAAGGUUGCGAACAGCUCAUCACAGAAGCUCAAGAACUAGGCCCAAUCGAGAGUAUAUUCAAUUUGGCUGUGGUCCUCAAGGAUUCCCUACUGGAAAAUCAGAGUCCAGAAAGUUUCAGGACUUCUCUAGGCCCUAAAGCUGUGGCUACCAAAUAUCUGGAUGAAAUAACCAGAGUUAGAUGCCCAGAUUUGAGAGAUUUCGUCAUAUUUUCUUCUGUAUCAUGUGGUAGAGGCAAUGGUGGUCAAACCAAUUACGGAAUGUCCAACUCCAUCAUGGAAAGGAUCUGCGAAAAGAGGAAACUCGAUGGAUACCCAGCCCUGGCCAUCCAAUGGGGAGCAAUUGGAGACGUUGGUUUAGUAGCAGAGACGAUGGAAGAUCACAUUGAAAUGGAAAUUGGUGGAACACUUCAGCAGAGAAUAUCCAGCUGUCUUCAAGUUAUGGACACAUUCCUGAAGCAAAAAGAAGCUGUGAUUGUUUCCAGUAUGGUUGUAGCUGACAAAAAAAGUGGCAGUGGCGGAAUGGAAAAUAUUGUGGAUGCUAUAGCAAGUACUCUAGGAAUAAAGAAAGAAAGUGUUUCACCACAUACAACGCUGGCAGAGCUGGGUAUGGAUUCCAUGACGGCUGUUGAGAUCAAGCAAACCCUAGAGAGAGAGUUUGAAGUCUUCUUGACAGCUCAGGAUAUAAGAACAUUGACCUUCUCCAGGUUAGAAGAGAUACAACAAAGCAAAGAGUCCAAUAAGGGAUCUGAAGGAGCAGACCAGAAGCUACCAACUGGAAUCGAACUCAUAUUGAGGUAUCUGGGAGAUGAAUACACAUUCUCCAAGCCUUUCACUACUUUACCCAGUUUGGUUGAACCAAAUUCAGAGGCUCCUACCGUCAUAUGCUUCCCAGGUAUCGAAGGUUUCGCUACAACCUUAAAACCACUAGCUGUCAAUUUGAAAGCCAAGGUUAUUGGUCUCCAGUUCUGCUUCGAAAAUCCCACCUACACUUAUAAGGAUUUGGCGAAAGAAGCUAUCAUGACGAUCAACAAGUUGGUCAAGCCAGAUGAGCCCUUAAAUAUCAUUGCCUACUCUUGGGGGUCAGUUAUUGCACUAGAAACUAUGGCCAUCUUGGAAAAGAAGGGACGUAAGGCAAAUCUUGUUUGUUUGGAUGGUUCCCCUGGUAUGGUCCAAGAGAUGUGUAAAAAUGAGAUUAAAGGGGGGUCAGAAACUGAAAUUGAAAUCCUCGUACUAUGUCAGUUGAUGUCUACAUAUCUAUCCUACGAAAUAAUUCUCAAGAACAAGGAAAAAAUAUAUAAAGCUAAAGACUUCGAAGAACGUAUGGACGUCGCCAUAGAAAUGGGUUUAGCGGUCUCAACACAUUCUCCACAAUAUCUGAGGAAGGUGUUCACAGCUUUCAAAACACGCCUGAGUGAGUUGAGGACCUAUUCUGCAACCUAUCCAAAGAUCCAAUCACCAGUUAGACUCUUCAAAGCUGCAACUGCAACUGUUCUGGACUUCGCUGAAGACUACCAACUGUCAAAACUUUGUGCUGAUAUCAAGGACGUUAAAGUAUUCGAGGGAAAUCAUUUAACCAUAGCUGAAAACCCUGAAUUGGCUGAUAUAAUCAAUGAAGUUUUCGGCUUAUCAUCUUCCUGAGUGAUCAACUUCCUGGAACCCUAAGUGAAUUGUUAUAUAUAUAUUGUUGAAUAUUUUAUUUGUUAUUGUUACACUUCCUCAUUGAGUUAUUUAAUUACCUUAGUUUUACGAAAUAUUUUGAAUUGAUAAAAUCGUUUUUUAUAUGAA